AUUGAUUUUGAAUUUAAACGAAUCAUAAACAUAAAGAAUAAAAGUGAUGUCGGGGGACAACCACGAGGGCGUCGUGAGGCAGGGGAUGCAGAACGGAGCUAUUUCGUUCAUCGAGAAACCCGUGUCUGCAAACGCCCUAACGUGUCUCUGGAGGUUCCUAACCUCCCAAAGGAAGGGCGAAAUGGGGUGUAGUACUAUGGAGGUGCCAGUGGAGAUCAUCAGCUCUCCACCUGCAGCCGCCGUCCCGCCAGGAUGUCCGCAGGGACAAUAUGGACGGACGGCAGCUGGCGGUCGUGGUGGCGGUUCUGAAUCUGGGGUGGCGAUGAAGAAGAAGAUGGUGUGGACGGACCCACUCCACUUCAAGUUCUUGGAUGCCGUCAAUACUCUUGGCAUUGAGAAUGCUGUGCCGAAGAAUAUAUUGAAGGCCAUGAAUGUGAAAGGAUUGACAAGGGAGAAUGUGGCUAGUCACUUGCAGAAAUACCGGCAAUUCCUCCGGCGGAACAUUCAAGAACUCCAAAACGGCUUGUUGUCCGGCGCCGGCUACCAGCCAAGAUUUGCCCCCAAAAGGGUCAGCAGAUUCGCCAAGCUCGAACAGCUCUUUACCCACGCCCAACUCGAGGCUGUCUCCGCCGCCGUCUCGCCGUCUCCGGCCGCCGGGAACACUUCAUGUGCGGCGCCUCCUCUGUCAAGCCACGACGAAUCACUCUUCUACCGGGGCUGGACCAGAGACCCCAUCGCCGGAAACGCCAAUUCCCAUUACCCUUCGCCGGAGACGUUUUUCCCCAACGGAUCCGGCGAAUACGAAUCAUCGUCUUCAUGCCUCGGGAACUUUAACGUUGUUCCGGGAAACGCGGAGCAGAGUCAAAACAUGGCGGCUGCCGGGUGUUAUUAUGAUAGCGUUCUCCCGGAAAACGAUGAUCUUCUUUCCGGCGUCUUAAACUUCAUCGGAGAAUCCGAAGACGUCGGCGACGGGGAAGGGUACAGCUCGACGUGCUCGUAUUCAACGCCGCCGCAGUACUCCGUGCCGCAGUUUGGUGAGAGCGACAUGAUGCAGGAGGUUUCGCCGCAGCAAGAUUUCCCGAUGGAUUUUACGGCGGCUUUCGGAGGCUGGGGGGGAAAUUAUGGUACUUAUGCGGCGGCGCAUAAUCCAACCUGCGAGUUCUCCAUGCAGAACAUGGCGGCGGCUGAUAAUAGUUCAGGAGGCUAUCAAUUUAAUCUAUACUAUCCCAAUAACGAUCAGCAAGUUGGGAAUGAAGAAGCAUUGUUGAUGGAGAAGUAUAAUAAUCCUCCUGGUGAGGGUGUUGGGUUUGAUCACUGGUAUGACUAUUCUCAAUGGCUCACUCAGCCUUUUCUUCAGGAAGAAGCAAUAAUGGAAGGAGAGAGGUAUGAAAGCAGGCAACUCCUCCUCCAAACAUCUCACCAGAAUUUCAGCCACCAGCACUACUACUCAAAAACAUCCCACCAGCGCGACAACGUAGAUGACGACUUUGUGCAAUCCAUCUUUGCUGCAAACCCAUAUGGAAUGGGAGCUGCUGCCAAUGCUCAAGGCUUCUUCUCAUAGAUCUCAUUUGUUUGUUUGUUUGUUUGUUUGUUUGAGAAAGAGAUUGCCAAUAUUAAUGCUGGACUUGUAAAUAUUUGAAUUAUGUGUAAACUAUUUGGAAGUUAAUUACCAUGUCUGGUAAAAACAAAUGGUACUAUAAGAG